AUGUUCGUCUACCGCAGGGAGGAUCUCCCUGCAGACCCAGUGUUCCCAGCCGACCUGAAGGAAUUAGGCUACUUCAUCAACGACAAAGACCAAAUCCGCAAGAUCUCAGAUCCAACUCAGGACUUCCAGUUCAAGAUCAACAAGAAUGACCGCUGGAACGAGGUACAGCGUGGUGCGAUGAACGAAUGCAUCCGCGAGAUCGUGCUCUCCCGCCUCCGCAAUCUGGGCCUGAUAACCCUCUGUCUCCCGCUAACCUCCGGGCCCAAAAAGCCACACGUGCCCGUCCUCGUCUCCCGCAACCUCGCCUCCGCCAGCCGCAUCAUCCUCGUCUUUGGCGAGCCCGUGCAAGACCUCGGGAUCUGGGCAUAUCGCAGCGUCGGCGCGGAAGCCAUAAACGCCGGGUCGGCCGUGGACUUUGUCAAGGCGAUUCUGCACGACUCGACGUCUAGGACCUCGAAGAAAGGAGGAGACGUCGCGGUCGUCCUCGCGAACACGGGACAGCUCAUCUGGCAUUGCGGCACUGGCAGGGCAAUGACUAUUCCCACUUGGCUGGCCCUUCCCCGUCCGUCGGCUGUUGACCCGCCGCUUGCUGAGACGAGAAGGAAUAAGAUUCCUGGUAACGCGAACUGGCAGGAACAUGUUGACUCUGUGUUUGAGGGGAUCUUCGCGGCUAGGGGGCGCCUUGUUAGACGGGAUGCGAAGAUCGAUGUCAUUGGUGUUUCCGAGGGAGGGCUCGGGGCUGUGCGGUACCUCGCGCGGAACUGGUCCAACUGGUGCACCAACAUCUCCGCCAUAGCGCUCGCAAACCCACUGCACACAAAAUUCGAUCUCCACGAAAUCAACACCCCGACCAAAAACACAACGUCGGAUCCCACCUCCUUCGCCUCCUUCAUAUCCUCGCGGUGCCGCGCAUACGUCCUCUCGCCCGAACCACUGGGCCUCCCGAUCUCCAUCACGGAAACACAGGAGCUCGACCACGGCUGCAACUGCUUUUCUGGCGGCGAGGCGCUGCACGCGGAGUGUAUUAUGCCGAGUGCGUGGAGGCAUAUGAUGGCUUGGUUGGGUAGGGCCUUUGAGGAUCAGGGACUUUGUGAGGCGCAGCUUGUUGUUCGGGAAGUUGGGGGUGGUGGGGAGGUUGUCUCUGAGAGUAAGGGGGAUGGUGGCAAUAUGGGAGGGGAUGGGAAUGGGGCUUGA